AUCUCGCACUCAAACACAACCAAUAGCCCAAUCAAUGGGGACGAAUGUAAUAUACUAAGUGAAGCGGAUCCUCGUUCUCUGCUUCUGUGCAUCGAGAAGGAAGCAAGCUUAGCUAGCUAGCCAAUCCAAACCAGCGACUGGGAAAACCGCAGUAAAUAAGCCCAGAGAUUGUAAAGCUACGAGUAUCACCGCUCCACUGAGGGGUUCACUUCGACCAGUAUGGUCCCAAAGAAUCUAGAUGGAAAACUCUGGCAGCAAUUGGGGAUAAUUCAAAUGUUAAGGCACGCUUCCAGCCAAUACGCGAGUCUGAGUGACCUCACUCUCGGUAAUCAUUGGGUAGCUGCAAUAGUCGCAACAGCUAGCCUCGUGGAACAAAUGGGCUUCGGACACGACGUUCUUAAGAUAAGAUAUUUUCGUCUUUUGGAGCUCAUGAGUCGACGCAAUGCGUAUUAUAGUAAUAUGAUGCAGAUUCGAAAGAUGGGUAUCGGAGCGUCCGUGGGAGAUCAAGCCGCAGAGAGCGAUCAACGGCAGUCACACGGCGCCUGCCAUCGCAUCAUGAUGGGAUACGGUACGAAAGGGGCAGCAGCGGAGCUGUUGUGUCUGUAUGCACGCAGCAAUGGCGCCGCGGAGUUUAUCUAUGAAAAACGCAUACUAACUCUUCAAGAGGCGACAUUGGUAGCCACCGUAAAAUUGCAAGAAUCAAGUUUUAGUAACGACGGCUUCGGAUCGUACACUCACGAAAUGGCACAACUCGCUCCUCAAGUGGGUUCGGAGCAUCGGAGCAUGUUCGCCUGUGCUGCUCUUCAGUCUUCUGAACCAUCAUCGAUAUUAAUCAGAGUUGAUUUGUACGCGCGGUAUGGGGACGCCAGCAAGGAGCUGAAUGGAGCGCGGAUCAGUGCUACUUGAUCAAGCACUGGCGUCUGUAACUGUGAGCUAGGCAUUAGUGCACAAGUCGAGUAAGAGGGCAGGUGUGUGUUGACCGCUGAGCGGGUGCAUUGGCGGGUUGCCGCUUGUGCCGGAGUACGAGGUUGUUCAGCACAUUGAGUUCUGCAAGUUGUACUACUUAAAGCAUUGAGCUGCGAGCCCGUGAGCCCAAGGGGUUUAUUAUAGUAGGUUAUGUGCGCUGUUGGGCCUGGCCCAGAAUUGGAUUGAUCGGGUAUGAUCCUUCAUUAUGAUCUGGGGUUGGAAGUGAGACAUGGUUUGGGAAGAUUGGAGUUUAGAGAGGUACGCUAAACUUGGAUUUAGCACGGCAAUGUGGUGCCUGACUCGAGAGCGAUUGCACCGGAGGGAAGGGGCGGGUAACCCGAGGGCGUGGAUAGCUAGUCCUCGCCUGAUGAUGGAAGCGUGCCGG